CAAUGUCAAAGGAAACGUUAUCUGCAAGCUCAAUUUUUGCAGAAAAACAGCUAUAGAUUACUUUUGUAGUUUCUUUUCAGCUAUAUGAUCUCAAGCAACAAGGCUUCAUCGAGAGGCAAGAGGUGAAGCAAAUGGUGGUUGCUACCCUUGCUGAGACUGGUAUGAACCUUUCAGAUGAGAUUAUUGAGAGCAUAAUCGACAAGACUUUUGAAGAAGCUGAUACUAAACAUGACGGGAAGAUUGAUAAGGAAGAGUGGAGAAAUUUGGUCCGGCACCAUCCUUCACUUCUGAAGAAUAUGACCCUUCAGUAUCUUAAGGACAUAACGACUACAUUCCCAAGUUUUGUCUUUCACUCGAGAGUUCCGGAUACCUGAUAUGGAUUGCCAAAGCUGAAUUGCCUACAGAAGUAGUCUUAUACUUGAGAGUUGCAGUUCGACUAAGAAACUAAGUAUUAUUUUAGCUCAACUUUUUUUAAGUUCAACAUUUUCAUGAUUUGUUAUUCUUUUCGAGGGCAGUGGGGUUGUGUAUUGUUGUUACCACUGCACAAAUGCUAAGUUCCCUUGUUGAUGUUGUGCAUCAUUGUAAUUUAAUUUGCUUAUUGUAGCUCAUUAUUUGGAAGUCUUUUGGCAUGAGAUGAGUUUAAAUGGAGAAAUAUGGUUAGUGAGGAUGAUUCAUAUUUAA